AUGACGCCUGCUCUACCCACCUCACGUCUCCCUCUGAGCUCGACGACAUCGAGGCUGAACGACAUGUCCUGUACGGCCCCGGAUAUGGGUGCCUAUGGUACCCGGGCGCCAGUUGCAUCGCUGCCUGGUGUCAUCACCUUCCUCCUCAUCCACCUCCGCGACAUGCUGCCGACUGGCCGACUAUCGAUGCCAACGAGAUGCCACCCCCCCUCGAAUGCUCCGGCUGAGCCAGCAGCAUGGAGAAGGGCCAGGACAGGCAGCGACGGCUCUAUGGGAGGCCAGCCCCUGCUGCAGACGGUCUGGGAAGACGACAGCGCAGUCGGACAUCGUCCAUGGUCACAGUCGAGAACCUGGGUCAGCCAAGAAACCUUGGAGCGAGCCAGCUUCAGAAGACUCAUGCAGAGCCUGCGGUAUAUGGGAGCUGACAAGUCUCCGUUCAUCCCUCGCACCCCGGCGGCCCUGGCGGCCUUUCGUCGUGCCCAAUAUGCCGAGCAGAGAUCGCACGAGCUAUGCAUCGAGGUCGACUAUAUGACUGCUAGUAGUGAUGGUGGUGGUAGCAGUAGCAAGCGUGGCAUGGACGGUUCCGGCAGCAGCACCACCGUCGCUGCCGGUCCACGUCUCCUGGGGAGCAGGAGACUCGACGACUUCCUCUCCCCCUUCUUCGCGCAAGAGACGAGCUUCAACAGGGACCGGGAUCACCCCAGCAUCAUGGCCCGAUGGCCUGCGCUACCAGAGCUCAAAGAAGAAUGGGGGAAGGAUAAGGGUGGUGCCGCUGGACGCAGCCGCCACCUCCCUCUUCCACGUACCGACAACUUCGUCGAAGACGAGUACAACUCUGGCGACUGGGACGAAGAGACCGGCCUGCGCUACCUGCGCCCAGUCGCGUCAGAGGUGAGGGAGGAGGGUGGGAAGGAUCCGCAGUCUGACACGGCACUCCAGGUAGAACUUGACGAGUUGAGCUAUGCUCUCCAGGCGCUGCUCCUCGAUAUACAAGAUUACCGGUAUCAAGAAACCGAAGACGACACGGCUUGUACGCGUUCGAGUACCGGUAUAAUCCAUGACUAG